UGAUGUAAACUUUUUCAAAGUUCAAAAAAUUAGUUUCGCUCGAUAUUUUUUUCUUCAAAUUACAAUGAAAAAUAGAACAAUGGGAUAUUUUUGAGUGAAAAUUCGAUGCGCGCAUCGGGCUAUACAAAGUUGGAUCGUUCGAAAAAUGCGAGCGAAGAGCAGAACAGCCGUGUGUUGCUGAAUGUACGGCGGUCUACGUAACGAAAACAUUCGUCCACAUUGACGCCACAUGCUUUUGGUAUGUAUCGUACGCAAUGACUGCGAUGCGAGAAUGUGUUGUCGUGUGCCGUCGCGCCAAGCCGAGCGCCGUGUUGUCGUCGUUGCGCGCCAUUUUCGUUUCCACGAAUGCGCGCAUCGCGAAUCUCCGACCCUCGCAGUUAUAUUAUCGCCAAAAUUGAGACACGGCGUCGGAUCUCUUCCAGUACUGCCAAAUAACCAGUGUGUCUGUGCGCCUGCUCGGCCACUUUGUAUAUGUACAUCGUUGAAUAGUGCUCUGCUUGUGUGUCUGUGUGUUUCGCAUCCUAACGUUUAUACAUUUUCUAACCUGCGCAUAUAAACAUAUAUAAGCCGUAGUACGCACGAGAGCUGCCGUACUAUCUGUCUCAAUCACGCGACGCGGCGUAAUAAACACAACACACACCCGCGCAGCACCACAAGCGUUCAUUCGUAUUUACGUGUAAUUUACGUCUGUUUUUUCUCUUGUCCAACGAAAACAAAAACAAUUCCCCGGCAAACAUGUUUGAGGCUCACAGUAUCAAUGCAGAACACAAGGAUCUUAUACACGAUAUUGCCUAUGAUUUUUACGGCCAGCGCAUGGCCACAUGUUCCAGCGAUCAGUUCGUCAAGGUGUGGGACGAAGAUGAGCAUGAAAAUUGGCACUUGACCGCAUCGUGGAAAGCGCACAGUGGUUCUGUGUGGAAAGUUACUUGGGCUCAUCCCGAGUUCGGACAAGUACUGGCUACUUGCUCUUUUGAUCGCACGGCUGCAGUGUGGGAAGAAAUAGUUGGAGAAGGUUCAGGUCCAGGUGAACGAGGCAUGAGACACUGGAUAAGGAGAACUAAUUUAGUUGACUCAAGAACUUCUGUGACCGAUGUUAAAUUUGCUCCAAAGACGCUGGGACUCUUAUUAGCAACUUGCAGUUCAGAUGGUGUGAUAAGGAUAUAUGAGGCACCAGAUGCCAUGAAUUUGAGCCAAUGGACUUUACAACAUGAUAUUACAUGCAAAUUGCCAUGUAGUUGUUUAGCAUGGAAUCCAUCACUUUCAAGGCUUCAUCCUCCAAUGAUAGCAGUUGGUAGUGACGAUGCAAGUCCUUCUAAUGGUGGAAAAGUGUUUAUUUACGAGUACAGUGAAAACGCCAGACGUUGGACUAAGACUGAUACGAUAGCUAGCAUUAACGAAGCUGUACAUGACAUUGCAUUUGCACCAAAUCUUGGUAGAAGUUACCAUACACUUGCUGUAGCAACCAAGGAUGUACGAAUAAUUUCGGUCAAACCAUUACCAGAUUCUGCAGCAAAUGGACAGGCAAGAUUUGAGAUUUCUACAUUAGCACAAUUUGAUGACCAUUAUUGUACAGUAUGGAGAGUUUGCUGGAACAUAAUGGGAACAAUCUUAGCAAGUUCUGGUGAUGAUGGCUGUGUACGAUUAUGGAAAGAUAACUAUAUAAAUAAUUGGAAAUGUGUAGCUGUGCUCAAAGGUGAUGGAACUUCUGCACAAAGUAGCGAUAAUGCGACGUCAGCAACUCAAAAUUCAAAUCAUACCGCUGUUCAGCCAGCACUGUCAACCACAAGAUAUCAGAGAAUUGUCCCCACCAUAAGCAUGAUGGCGGAAAUAGACAAAGUAAUACAAGCCCCUUUAAGUAUGAAUUCUAAAAAAUAUCAAACAUCUAGCAUAAGAGGUCGUUCUAACAAGUGGGUAAUGCCAGGAAUACCGAGUGAAGCUUACUUCGAGCCUCCGCCUCCAAAUAUAGCAAAAUCAAAAAAUAAAAAGUAAAUUCUUGAGAUCAAUUUGAAAAAUUUCUCGAAUGGCUUGAAAACUCAAUUAUAUAAUUAUUCGAAUUAUUUUUUGGCUCGUACUCGAUUGUUAUUUUGUGGUGUUUAUACUUUAUUAUUAUUCGUGUCAUAAUCGUACGUGUUUUCUCGCUUCUGCGAGAUAUUAUACUUGAAAUGUCAUCGCGAUUACUAAUGAGCAAAUACGAAUACAUAUUAUAUACCAGUAUUUCUGUAUGUUUAGUUUUAAGUGGCAUUAGGUUGAAGUUCCUAAUUUCAUAGUUAUAUUUAAAAGCAUUAAUAGUUGUUGCGACGUGCCUUUGUGAAGUCUGUAUGUGUAUACUAUAUUAUUAUACAUGUAUACAUGCAUAUUAUGUGUUCGGUAUUUUAUAAGAUUAAAGACUGAUAGCUAAUGCGAAUUGUAACUAUAACUGCACGGAAAAAAGAUGCUUGUCGACUAUGAUCUAAUAUUUUUCACGUUUUACUCUCAGAAUAAUUUACUUCGAUAUUCCUCGAAAUAAUACAUGUUGAGAGAUAGAUCAGUUGUGAGUUUAACAUACUGCAAAACAUCAGACUGAAUUAAUUUCAAUAAAUUAUAACAAUUAAGCA